AAGGAGGUGAAGGCCUAAUCUACACCAAGCAGGAUAUAACACUAUGAAAGUGGUUUGAAAACAGUAUACGGUACCAUAUAAAAACUCUCUUUGAAAAUAACCAUCACUUUUCUCAUCUUUCAACUCUGGAAAAGGAAAUGGCAUUUCGAACCGAAACGGGUCUUUAUUAUUCCUAUUUUAAGACCAUCAUUGAGGCACCAUCCUUUUAUAGGGGAGUCUGGAUGAUUAUGAAUGACAAGCUAACUGAAUAUCCUCUUGUAAUCAAUACUCUGAAAAGAUUUAAUCUCUACCCGGAGGUUGUGCUAGCCAGUUGGUACCGCAUAUACACAGGAACAAUGAAUGCCAUUGGUAUUCAGACACAGAAAUGCUGGAUUGUGAAUAGGGGAGAAGGUCUCAGUCCUGUUGAAAGCUGUGAAGGAUUGGGAGAUCCUGCUUCUUUUUACGUGGCUAUGAUAUUUCUUCUGAAUGGAUUAAUGGUGUCAGUGUUCUUCCUGUAUGGCACAUACCUAAGUGGUAACAGAUUUGGAGGGCUACUUAUAGUGGCAUGCUACUUUUUCAACCAUGGGGAGAGUACUCGUGUGAUGUGGACUCCCCCUCUUCGUGAAAGCUUCUCAUAUCCAUUCCUUGUACUUCAGAUGCUGUUACUGACCUACAUUCUCAGGACUCAGAAUGUUAAUAGAAGAAGCCUGAUUGCACUGUCUGUUUCUAAUGUUUUUUUCAUGCUUCCGUGGCAGUUUGCUCAGUUUGUUCUUCUAACACAGGUGGCAUCAGUUUUUGGUAUAUAUAUAUUAGGAUUCAUUGAUUCAUCUAAACUACAGAAGAUUCUUUAUGCACAUAUGGCAUCACUGGCAGUAUGUUUUGUCCUUAUGUUUGGAAAUUCUAUGUUGCUGACAUCCUAUUAUGCUGCCUCUUUGGUAGUUAGUUGGGGUAUUCUUGAAGUGGGUCCUAAAUACCUGAAAAUGCAUAGAAAAAACUUUCCCGUUUGGGCCUUUGAAGGAUUUUCUUGCCUUUUCGGGACAAUUACCUUGAAGACCUUAAUGUGUCUAAUAUUUGGAAUAUCUGAUGAUGCUCAUAUAAGCAAUCUGUUGAAGGCAAAACUUACUGAUUAUAAGGAUUUUGAUACAUCAAUGUAUACCUGUGCUGUGGAAUUUGAUUUCAUGGGAAACGAGAUUCCAGUAAAGUACAUGAAGACGCUGCUGCUUCCAGUAGUUCUUGUUGUCUUUACAGUAAUUGUUGUGAAGGCAUUUAAUUACAUUGUAUAUCGCAAGAAAUUCUCUGAAAGACAGGAAGAUCAUUUUAAUCACGGAGAGAUAGUAUACCAUGCACUGCAGCUUAUCUUUUUUAUUGUUCUUGCUAUUUUAAUUAUGAGACUAAAGCUGUUUUUGACGCCUCAUAUGUGCAUCAUGGCAUGCUUGAUAUGUUCAAAGCAACUGUUUGGAUGGGUCUUUUACAAAAUCCAGCCUGGAACACUUGUCCUUGCCAUUUUAGCAAUGAUGGCAUUUGAAGGGAUUGCAAAUCUUCAAAAAGAAUGGAGCAUUGUGGGGGAAUUUAGCAACUUGCCUCAGGAAGAACUGUUAUUGUGGAUAAAAGCAAACACCAAGCAAGAUGCUGUUUUUGCAGGAACAAUGCCUACAAUGGCAAGUGUAAAAUUGUCUGCUCUUCGACCUAUUGUGAAUCAUCCCCAUUAUGAAGACGCAGGGUUGCGGGCAAGAACGAAAAUAGUUUAUUCCAUGUAUAGUCGAAAACCAGCAAAAGAAGUUAAAAAGGAAUUGCUAAAGAUGGGAGUAAAUUAUUACAUUUUAGAAGAUUCUUGGUGCCUGAGGAGAACUAAGCCUGGUUGCAGCAUGCCAGAAAUUUGGGAUAUAGAAGAUCUUGCCAACAUUGGAAAAGUUCCCUUAUGUAAUAUCAUGAGCAAGGAUUCCAGGCCACACUUCAAAACAGUCUUCAACAACAACAUAUUCAAAGUAUUAAAAGUUACCAGAUAAUGAAUCUUCUGUGCAACACAUUUUCUGAAAAUAUACUUUUUUAAAAUAGUCAACUAUUUUAAAUAUUUCUCUGAAUUCCAAGUCUACUAAAAUUAAUGUGAAUUUUGACAUCAAUUUCAGUGGAUAGCUCCAUUAGACCUAAGAUGCAUUCCAGAGAACUCUCUGCUCAGGAGGUCCCUUUAUCAGUUAUAGGAACUGUAACUUGAUGUCUACAUAGGCUUUAUCCCCUUUCCAUAUAAUACACUAGGGUAGUCCCACAUGCUCACCCAGGGCUAAUUCACUAGAUCAGGGCCUUGGAUUGUGAAUUCAACUAUUUAAUUGCAAGUACAUUCUCUGAAUAAAUGAGAAUGACUUGGAACUGAAGUGCUAGUAUGCUAAGAGUCCAAUACACUGACUGAAUACUAGACUUCUAAAAUGAGGAAAUAUAAAAUAUUCUGUCUCAAACCUAAUUAUUUUUAUUUCUGGAUCAGUUUUAAAAAAUUUGCUAUGCAAAUGUUUAUGCGUUGAAACACUUCUUAAUACAUACUGAUCCAAAGCAAGUGAGCAAAGAGAGCUGAGGAAAGAUCGGCAGAUUUCAAAAGCAGUGUAAUUGUGGAGGUCAAUGAUCUUUCCUAGCAAAGUUGGUACAUCUUUAAACCCUGAAUAGCUAGGAAUUAACAAAUGGUAGUACAGUGUUUAAGGUUCCAUACAAUACUCAUCACAUUAUAUUGCUAAUCCCAUUUCCCCAGCAUGCUUCUCAUAUUGCACCUUUUAUGAAUAUGUAUACUUUUGUAAAGAAAUUGGAUAGUUUCCACUAUCCCGUUUAUGUGCAAGUGGCUGUUGGUUUUAUCAAAAUCGAAGAAAACUCACCAAUAUUUUAUUGUCAUUUUAGAGCUAGGUCUUACGCUUAAACUUUAGUUCUACAUGGAAAUUAUUCUGAAUAGCUUUGGAGGGAGAUGUGUAUAAUACACAUUAUUUAAUUUUACUUUUUAAACAGUUGCUAAAAUCAAACCACUGAAAACUAUUUGCAGUAAGCAGUAUUUUUGCUACUGACUGAUGAAAUGUUUUGAAAUCACCUUGGUAGACAAAACUAACCAAUUUUGCACGUAUGAUACUUUAGCAAGGAAAAUAUUUUCAGGAAAGUCUUUUUAUUGUUUAGCUUUAAUGCAGAAAUAGAAUAUAUUUUGCCCUUCUUGUAAUAAGAGAGUCUAAAUUAAUAGGAAAUAGCAUUUGUUCCCUGGAACUAAAAUGUAACCACUAGAGCAGUGUAAAAUAAAUUUGAAACUCAUUUCAUUUUCGUAUACGUCUUAGAACAGAGAUAAUUUGUGUAAAAGGGAAACCAGUAGUGUGAAAAAUAUUAAAUAAACUAGCAGUAUUCUCUUGUCCACCUUCAAAAAAACCCAUCUAAUUUCUGUCCUCAUCAUCAUUCUGUUGCUAAUGCACAGCCCAGUUUCAGGCAAGAAUUCAAUUUCUUGUUUGGUAAAGCAAGACUGUCAUACAAUCUGCUGAAAUGACUAAUGCGUAUAUGCAACAGCUACUGACAUUUUUUUUGCAAGUCAUCUAGACAAUUACCAUCUGUUUUUCAGCCACUUGCUGAAUUUUAACUUCUGUUUUGCAGUCAAAGCUUUGUCUGCAACUAAUAGUACUAAGUUAUGUACUAGGAAGCAUAGUUUAUGACCUAGAAUAGUCAAGUAGGUAUUAAAAUAUAGGUAUAAGAAAAACUAACCUGGGUUGGGCAAAUUGUGGCCUUCCAUAUGUUGUUGAACCACAACUGUCCUUGACCAUUGACAAUGCUGGCUGAUGCUAUUGGGUGUCAGACUCGCAACAAGAGGCCACAGGUUUCCCUCUCCAGGAUUAACUUUAUUUUGGUUUUCUCUCAAUUCGUUAAAAAAAGUGAGGAGUGGCAAAAAAAUAAUAAUUUUAAAAUCAAAAAUCUCAUUUUCUUCCCUAUUUGUUAGACUGGACUAUUAAUAAGGAUUGGGCAGUGAAAAAUUAACAUUCAAGAAGCUGGAGAUUGGUGUCUUUAUUUUGUAAUUGUAUUACAGCACAAAAAUACUGUAUUUUUAUGGAUUUUAUGCCAAUUGUUGAUGUUUGUGGUUAA